UAGUUUUUGAAAGUGUGAAAUAAAAUUUUGACAUUUUAAAUUAAUGCUGGAAUACUGUAUAAAUUAUUGAAUAGUGGUGGCUGUGACCUUGAAAAUUAAAUGGAAGUGCCUGCUGUGAGAUGGAUGAAUCAUGCAGUCGCUGCGGGCCAGAUCUGGCCUACAAUGGGCCAUAUGUUGGGCAGCAUUGGAUUAAUAAAAUUGUGUAGAGUUCUUCUGUGCAUAUGAAUUGAUAAAUGUUGCAUGGCUUUAUUUUUAGUUUACGCUUGAUUUAUCUUGAAGAUUUCAUAUCCCGUGGCAAUGACAGGACCUAUGAUUUUGGACAGAAACAGCUACUCCGCCGCAGCACGAUACCUGCUGGAUGUUAAUUGAGCCCUUAUGCUGAUCGUCCCAUCUGGAAUCCAUAAUACUGUAGAGUCAUCACUAUUGUUUGGAUUCAACCUGUUAUUCCUGCCGGUUGUGCACCUGUAAUGGGUAAGAUUCUACUCCAGAAGCUUGACUUCUGGAUCAUUAUACAUUCACAUCCUCUUGCUGUUUAUAUGCCUGUAAUAUGUGCAUCCCGUGCAGGGAAGUAAUGCUCCACUCCUGGGAAAUUAAUCGUCUAUAUAUCUGAAACUUAAUUUCUUGAUAGAAGCGUUGAUAAAGUGAAGCACUAUACACAGUUUUGAAGUGUUAUGUCCCGUAUUCGAUGGUCGUCGAAUGCGGAACUCUAUGAUAAGCGUUACAGCGAUUAUAAAAGUAUGGCCGCGCACAACGCCUAGCUGGCCUGAAAUCCCAGAAGGGCCAAUCUGAGGGAAGUCCAGGAAAGAUUACUCAGGAAGUGACCGUGGAAGUCACCUUUUCUGCUCUUUGUUAGACUAUGUCCAGUGCGCGAAGAGCGCAUAGCAAGCAGUACGUUUCGGUACCAAUGAAGGCCUUAUCCAGCGGAAGCGGAUCGAGCUCUGACUCGGAAGAAGAUGUGUACAUCGCUGAAAAAAUGAAGAACAGUAAUGUUGUCACCCCGAAAACGUUGAGCGAGCUUUUGUCAUACCUCCCCGAAAUCGAAAUCGUCAGCGAAGAUGAAGCAAAAAGGUCACGGUUUAGGCGACUGUGUGCCCGUCACUCCCGCAGUUUCUAUAUAGCUGUCACUAUUAUCCUGCUUCUUGCCUUCCUUGGAAUCUUUUUGGGUUUGUUGGUGAUUCCUACUUGUUCGCCAAAUUCGUCGUGGCCUCAAUGUCUGGAGAAGAUCCCGGAAGUCAUUAGCAGUUCGUUACCUGGUAAAGCUGACGGAGUUGUUGUUCCUGCGCAUUGGCGGCAAACGUUCCCCGGUGCAGUGAGUUCGGAGUCAAAUGUGUACCUCGGCACCGACGACAUGUACGUGAUAUACGGAUUGAGAUAUAUCGAGAAAUCUGCUGGAGAAAAGUCGGAAAGUGGAUUCGAUGGGGUCUUCGAUUUCGACUCCACCGAUCAGUUGCGACUCAAGUCUGCUCUAAUGUCAAUAUCUUUAACCUCGGGCGAAAUCCGUUGGCAGCGGGAUUUGGAAUUUGCGGAAAGACGUAUUGAACGAGUGAAAUGCUCUGUUAAAAGCAUGAGUUGCUUGACGACGUUGCAUCCGGGUACGCUUUCGGUCUUCAACCCCGAAACAGGGCAAGGCAAAUGGACAAAAGAGAUCGGAGAUGGAAAACUCGACGUAUCGUUCAUAAUGGAUGUCAACAACGACGCGAUUCCCGAUUUCAUCUUGCUUUUGAAUCCGACAGAACUCCAACCAGGAAAGACAUCUAUUCAAUCGUCCAUCAGGUUGAUAUCAGGGUCUGAUGGCAGUACUUUGGGACGAGAGCUUCAUAUUCCUGGGUGUUAUGAAUUGUCUGAUCCACAUGUGGUGGAUAGUGGAUCCAUGGAUUUAGUUCACAUCACAUGCAAAGAACCUAAUUCGGAUGAGCAUCUGCUCAGACUUUCUAUGCCCGAUUUGGUCAAGUCCGCCCUGAACGGUACCGAAAGUACAGUCGUUGGACUGGCGGAGAAGACCCAUCAAGUGAACUCAGAUUCAGUUGCCAACUUUGCCGGAGGAAUCGUGCAUUUCAACGACUACGAUCUCCGCUGGACCAACUUCCGCAACGGAUCUUCGCAAGUUUUGAUCGAUGUAUCCGAGGACAGUAUCGACAUCAAUCAAGGCCCGACACGAGUCACGAAAUUUGAACAAAUGUUGAAAAGGGCAGUAGUGACUGGUGGAGACUUCGUGCCUCAUUGUGGACGUUUGAAAGAUUCGUCUUCUUGUCCCAUCGUCGUUUUCGUCAAGACUUGGACGAACGUUUCUAAUUCGAGGCAGAAGCGGGAAGUGAUCGAGGCUCCGAUUGCAACUGUGUUUCCGGGCUCUCUCGUGGAUGACAACAGUUUUCUAGAUCCUGGAUCCCUGUACGAUGUGGACAAUCCUCAGAAUGUUCGUGUUGGUCCUUUGAGAUCUGAGUCCGUGGAGAAUGACGUCAGGUACGGUGUGACUGAUGAUGUUGCUCCGAAACCAGCAACUGAGGAUGUGAAGGAUCCGUCUUCGAGUAAACCACCGUUUGUGCUGAAAGUGCAAACUCGAGAAAGUUCGUGGGAAUUUGUCAGCUUGAUUGAUCGUGUCACUUGGUUCCGGGAAAGAAAGGACGUGAAUUUUGAUCACGGAUUCCUGGAGGUUGAGAAUGUUACUGUUGCCUGUGCGUCUUCCCCUGAAGCCACAUCGCUGAGGCUUGUUCUUUCUGAGCUUGGCAGUUGCAUUCCGCGUCCGAAUCAGCAUUCAGUGGCAACAACACUCGUGACGGGUUCCGGCAUCGAAGUAAACACGGGCACGGGUGAGCAAAUGGUUGCGUUGGUCAGCACUACCCCGAGUUUGGAACGGGUUCCUAAUCCCGAUGGGAAGAGUAUUUUCAGGCUUGUUACCAAAGUGAAUCAUUGGCGAGGUUUCAUGGCUGAUGUUCCCGGGGAAUCGUGAGGUUGGGAGAGCUUUUUUGAUUCAUUCCAAUUUGAGAUCGCAUGGUUGAAAGUACGCGAAUACCUUGUUUUUUAAAACUUGAAAAUCCGUCUCAUUUUCCGCGUCGACUUUUUUUUCCAGUGGAGACUUUUUCAUCAAGUGUGCGUUCGCUAGUCAUUAGGAAUUAUGCUAGGUCACGUCUGAAUGAUCUCCCACGUUGUUUCCUGUGUGUAAAAGAUCAAGUGCGGGGGAAAAAUCAUUUACGAGCUUCGCUUAAGGUCAAGUGUGAUUGCAUGUGCCUGGUCAUUCCAGAAAGUGUUGUGUGAAUUUAUUUAAAUUAUGCACCCGAGACUGAGAGGGCUUCUUGCGUGCUCCCCAAUUGUUGGCGGAUAUUUGUAUCGGAAAGGCUUUGAAUUGGGUGCGUGUACAGUAUUUUGAAAGGUAUAAUUUUUUGAGAGAGGGGGGG